CACAUGCUGCGAUGAGUCUCGAGCUUCUCAGCGAUUUUUUCAUCAGUUUCAAAACGAACGUUCGACGGUAAGGAGGGUACUCCUGUGCCGUUCACUGACGCAUAGCAAAACAACGUUCGACGAUAAUUUGCCCGACGACGAGAAGCGCGUUGAUCGGUAAAGCGCUAGGAACGUGAACACGUGAGAUAGAAUUAUUUUUACAGAAAGUGAGAAACAUAACUAAACAAGUUAAAGAGUGUUUGUGAAAUAAGUAUUGCAUACGAAAAAAAACAACCUCAAAGUUACAAUAACAAAAAUUAAAACAGCAAAUUGUGUUCCCUUCUACGGAAACAGUGUUUGAAAUCAGUGCUUAGUUCAUCGCAGUGUCGGUGCCGUUGCGGUGCCGCAUGUUGCCUGUGCCACCUACUACAACACAGCCAUAGUGUUCUGAAGCGUUCAAGGCGGAAGUUUGAUCGUUGAAGCGUUACCGGAACCCCCGUUCAGCGCAAGCCAACCCCGAGUCCAAAGGCACACCUUUCCCCCUCGCCAACUACAAAACGGGCAAGCAUGAGCUAAAGGUUCGUCGCUAGCUGCGCCCCGGUCCCGGUGUCUCUGUUGUUUUUUGUGUGCUCUGCCGGUGUUUGGCACACAUAUUGUGUGCAUGAGUGUGUGUGUGUGUGCCUGUGUGUUUUUGUGGUUGAAAAAUUUAAUACUCAUGCGACACACCAAACCGAACACAACGCACGCACUUUGGGGCUGUGAAAAAUUGGUUACUUUUUAAAGGCUUCUGGCUGGUGGUGAUGAUGAUGAUGGGGAUGAUGAGAGACCAUGUCUCUGCACACAAGCUCAUGUAAAACAGGUGCAGUGAAACAAUUGCUACUUUCGCGCAGUUUUCUUUGCUAAACAAGUCGUUUCCGUAGAGAAACGGUUCAAUUCACCUGUCGUGAAAACCGCGCUCGAGCGCGUGUGUGUUUUUGUGUGCGUGCUAUAGCGAGUGUGUGCGAAUGUGUAGUGGUCUAACAGCAAAUACGCAAAUUCGGUUACUGCCAGAAAACAUGUGCUAGAAAGUGUGGUGCCCGAUCGUUGUAGAGGUCGAGUGAACCAAAAUAAUAGAAAAAAUCGAAGCGAAGAAAAAAUCGACUAACAGCGCUACUACGGUGACCGAGGGCAUCGAUCAAAACGUAUUCGCGCGAGUUCGCGAGUGUUCGAUGAAGUGUAGCCGAUUGGUUUGUUUGGCUGGUGCCAGUGUGCUAUUGUAUCCAUGACUACGGCGCGUCUCGGUGCGCACAGAACCACAGCAAAGGUCCAAUUUUGUAUUGUCGUGCAGGUCGCCAUCGCCACCGACGACUGUCGCUCGCGCUUCAUUACAGCGUGAUUACAUAAGUGAAAGUAUAACACCUUCCCCCUUUGCGUAGUGUUGCUAACAAAGUAUUUUUGUAACUCAAGCUGUGUCCAUUGCCGUAGAACAUAUAGCCCCCCCUGCCUACGCGGAGUGCUAGUGAGAAAACGGUUCUUAUCGAUCGGUCGACCAACUUCCAGCCAGCAACCAAAGCAACCGACAUUAUGGCCAACCGCUAACAACACCACCGCCAGCCCUAGUGCGCUCGUAGUAGUGUUUAGUGUGCAAGCUUCAAGUGCUAAAGUUUCGUACUGCGAGGGGCUCUUUAGGAGUAGUGUUCCAGUUCCUUACCGCUUCAUCCCGACCCUUGUGUUAGUAGUGAAACUUUCUGUCCCACAAAACCGCCACCGCAGAAAGCCCGCAGAGUCGGAGGUCUGCCGAUAUCUGCCAGUGUAUCGAUUUCCCUUCGAAGGAAACCGGUUGCUCGGAACACACGGAACACGAUGGCAAGAACAUUAGCGCUUCCGUUGCUGCUAACGGCAGUGGCGUCGGUGGCAUUAUUCGGCGCUGGCGUACCGUGCGCUAGUGGCGCAUCAUCGAUCACGGUCGAAAAGUCCGCGUACAAAAACGUCGUCAUCGAGAUCCGGGAUAACGUCCCGGUGGAUAGCUGCCAAACGAUACUGCAGAAUCUCGAGAUUAUGCUCACCUCCGCAUCGCAGUACCUCUUCAAUGCACUCGACAGUCGGGUGUACUUCGGCGAGGUGUCGGUCAUACUGCCCAACCACUGGCCGCAGUCGUGCAUCCCGUACAACCAGACGCGCACCUCCGCGAGCGGCGAGACGGCGGACGUCACGAUCCGGCCGCACACCAAGGCCGAACCGUCGAUCUGGACGCAGCAGUACGCCGGGUGCGGCGAGUCGGGCGAGCAGAUCUACAUCGAUCCGGAGAUACUGGGCCGGGAGACGAUCUGGCGCGAGUUUAUCCGCGAGUGGGCCAAGUACCGGUACGGCGUGUUCGACGAGAUCGGGUACGAUCGCGAUCCGGUCUAUCCGCGCUGCUACAUCAACGACGAGCAUCGGGUCAAGCUGACCGGCUGCUCGGACGCGCCGGUCAACGACGAGGGUCUGUGCGGCAGCCCGGCCUCGCCCGGCCCGGUGCCCUACAACAUUAGCCGCGUGCUGGAUCCGAACGCGCGCACCAGCAUCAUGUUCGCGGCCGAGUCGAAAAGCGUCACCAUGUUCUGCGACGAGGGCACGCACAACCGGUACGCACCGACCAAGCACAACCAGAUGUGCGAUCGGCGCAGCACGUACGACGUCAUACUGAAGCAUUCGGACUUUGCGCCCCAAAACCAGAUGGAGUUUAACCCGUCGGUCAUCAUCAACACCGUGCCCAAGUUUAGCUACAAGUCGCGCAAGCUGACCCGCUACGUCAUCGUGAUCGGGCAGACGUUCGUGAUGCGCGAGCGGGAAACGUGGAGCUUCCUGCGACGCGCCAUCCGGAAGUGGAUCGUGUACGAUCUGCCCGCGACCAAGACCGAGAUCGGCAUUGCGCUCGCGAACGAUACGGCCACGUACGACAUGCUGCCGAUCACGUCGCUGCAGAUUGAGAAGAACAAGGACCGCAUCGCGUCCUUCAUCCCGUACACCUCGAGCGACCUGAACCGGCCGACCUGCCUGAGCUGCGGCAUCUCGGACGCGAUCCACAUGCUGAACGAGCAGACGCGCCACCACGGGCCGGCCAACUCGAUCAUACUGGUGAUCGCGCCCGGCAUGGACAUCGAGCACGAGUCGCUCGCCCGUUCGGCGCGCGCAUCCAAGAUACGGAUCGCCACCAUCAACUACCCGAUCGUGGAGCCGCGCCGCCCGCUGGAUCCGCUGGCGCACGAGACGGGCGGCAGCGCCUACUCCGUGUUCGAGUGUCGCGACAAUUCGGAGAAAUCGCUCGUCACCACGUACUUCGAGCUGUCGAACGCACUGUACAACAUCGGCAAGCUGUACUACGAGGGCAACCGGAACGAGUUCCCGGUCGAGAUCUUCCGCCGCGUGCUGGUCGAUUCGGUGGGCGAAACAAACUCGCAGCGCAGCAGCCGCACGGUCACUGGCAACUUUAUGCUCGACCCGUUCAUGGGCCCGCCGGCCGAGUUCUUCAUCUACGUGCACAACUCGGAGAACCCGCUCGUAUCGAACGUGCGGCUGACCAACCCGAACGGCAUCGUCUACUCCUCGAUGAGUGAUGCGCGCGCCUCGGUGCGGCAGCUGUCGCUCCUGUCCACGAUCAACGAGACCGGCAUCUGGAACUACUCGAUCGAGCGCUUCCAGGGCAAUCCGCAGCCGCACUACGUGCAGGUGAUCGCUACGCCGCGCUCCAGGUACGCGCCGGUCAUAGCGGCCCGGGCCUGGGUCCAUCGCAGCAAGGCCGGCGGUCCGAUCGUGCUGUUCGCGGAGGUGAAGAAGGGCGAUCUGCCGGUCGUGUCGGCACAGGUGGAGGUCACCGUAACCCGGCUGGAGCGCGUCUGCGAACGCUUCCGCGAACCGACCGUGCAGGGCGACGAACGAUUCCUGCUGCUCGACACGGGUGCGGGCGAUCCGGACAUCACCAAGGGCGAUGGCGUAUACUCGCGCUACUUCAAUGCGGACGAGUUCGGCGGCCCGGGCACGUACCAGCUGGAGGUGACGGUCAGCGAUCGAGGCAACACGGCCUACACGCUAGCGGAUGGUGCCAGUUACACCACAACGUCCAGCACGCAACCGGGACGUUGCUGCGGUAGUUCGGUGCCCAUUCCCCAGAAACAGUCGCUGGAUUCGUUCGAGCGCAUCCUGCCGCCGAUGACGGUGUUCGUCAGCCAGGCGGAUCUGAUCAACGCGGCCAAGAUCCCGGUCGGGCGCAUCAGCGAUCUCAGCGCGGACGUGGAGGGCAUGAAGGUACGCCUCAGCUGGACCUCGCCGGACAUGGGCGGCAAGAAUGUGGCCCGGUACGAGGUGAAGUAUGCGACCACGAUCAAGGACAUUGUGGAUAACUUCGACACAGCCGCCGUACUGUGGCACCAUGAUUCGCCGUUUACGUUUUCCAUCGGCGAGGGCAGCGAGUUCACGAUGAACAUCACGCACGAGCCGCAUCUGUUCGGCCAGAUCCUGUACUUUGCGGUGCGGCCGUACGCAACGCUUACCAAGGACGCCGAACCUGGACCGAUCUCGAACUAUGUGCGCGCGUUUGUGACGAAACCGAAGCCCACGACGCUCUUCCCACCGUCCAGCACGGGCGGCACGGAGAGCUACGACUCGAUCUGGUCGUCGUACGACGGCAUCGCAAAGAACGGAGGCGACGACAGCAUGGACAUCAUACCGCGCAUCGCCAAAAGCAUGGACCUCGGGCCGGAGCUGCUGCUGCCCAUCAUUGCCGGCAUCAUACUGCUGUUCGCGCUCAUCUUCAUCUACUGCUGGUUCUGCGUGAUCAAGAAGCGGCACGACACGCACGACGACGAGCAGAAGAAACCGAUCAAGUCGUUCAAGAGCGACACGAAGCUCACCACGAGCCACAGCGUGAUCGUGACGGCGGCUGGCAACGGUUCGUCGCCUUCCUCCAACUCGACCACAUCGUCCUCGUCCUCGCCCAACCACCAAACCGCCAGCCACGGCGGGCAGACGACCCUUCCGCAGUCCAACUCGUACGAUAUGGGGCUGGGCGAUCAUCAGACCGUGGGCAUCCCGACCAUCUACAACAUCGACGACGACGUGCUGCUGGCCAAGAAGCGGUACAGUGCCGUCAUCAACAUGGGCCCCCCGACGCACCCGAUGGAGCAGCAGCUGAUCGAGGAGCUGAAGCAGCAGCAGCACAUCAUCGACACGCAGUCAUUCAUCAUGCCGGGCCACGGUGGCCCCACCGGCAACGGAACGAUCGGUCCGAACAACAACAACUGCAGCGUGAGCAUCAUUUCCACCACCUCCAACAACACGACGCUGACGCGCACGUACAACCCGAACGCGGGCACGAUCAUGGUCGGUGGCCGCACGCUCAGCCCGUACGAGUCCUGGUCCGCGUCGCAGCUGCUGCAGGAGCACGAGCAGCAGCACCAGCGGCGCCACAGCCCGACGCUCAUCGACGAUCUGAUCGACAACAACGUGCAGCAGCCGUCGUACUACAAUCCGGGCCAGCCGGGCCAGCAGCUUCACCCGCAGCACGCCGCACACCUGAUGGGACAGCCGGGCACGGAUCAGAUGUCGCUGCUGAACAACAACCAUCUGAACGAGAACGGUUCGCCGCCGGUGCCACCGCUACCGAUCUACACCACCAGCCCGAGCGUUGGUGUGAGUGGUGCGGCCAUCGGCAAUACGACCUCGUACGUGUACGGCCAGAGCCACGGUUCCUCGGUAAGCUCGGUGAACAGUGGCCUCGGCCCGAUACCGAACGGUGGGUCGACGAUCAGCGGCACGGACACGAAGAAGCGGCGCAACGUCACCAUGGUGUAAGGUGGCGUCAGUGUGGCCAAUGGACCUCGUGGUUUAGCCGCUGCGCAACAGAGACUCUACGCUUUCCAAAGAAUUCUGUUCCAACCGUGUUCCUGCUCAUGUCUCCCUCGAACAACCCACCAAUAGCGUUUGUGGCGGCGGCUAAACCCAUGAAGACCACCUGCCAUUUGAGGUCCAAAUCGAUGUAGGAUGCGGAUGCCCCUGCGCUUCGUACAGUGCGAACUAGUCAAACCAGAUCAUUGUCGGAGGAUUUCGUUUUACGAUUUUAACAAAUUGUGUUUUUUGUUCAGUUUUUAAACAUUAUUUUGUACACUGGCUAGGUUGUCGACCGGUAUCAGAUUACUCUUACACGGUUGGCUAGCGUUCGAUAAGUUUUAGAUAAGUCCGAUUUUAAGCUUUGGGGCUAAAGAAGAGAGUGGAGAAGCAUUUAUU